AUGAACAGCGAAUCGCUGAUGGAGGCCCGGAAUGGAGCAUCAGACCCAGAUACCUCAGACUUGGACCCAGAGACCCCAGACCUGGACCCAGAGACCCCGAACCUGGAUCGAGAGACCACAGACCCUAACCUGGAGAGCGACCUGCCUGAGGGGGACAUGCAGCCAAAGCUGAGUGAGGUCACAAACCCAGACCUGGGUGAAUCUGCAGAGAUUUGUGUGGACCCCACGAUGGACUGUGGGGAGGAGCCAGAGUCCUGUGGGGAGGAGCCCGAGUCCUGGGUGGAUGUGUGUGAGCUGCGUGUGCUGGUUGUGCGACUGAAACAGAAGCUGCUUCAGUGUAAAACUGAACUGAAGAAAGUCAAGAAACAACUGAGUCACUGUGAGGGACGACAGCAGAGCACGGAGCGGUACAACGCCAACCUUCGGGCUGAGGUGGAGCAGCUCAGUGCGGAGCUUCACCAGAGAAAGAUAAAAGGUAAAAAGAGAAGUGAAGCAGAGACGCAGACGGAAGAGUAUGUGUGGAGCGACACGGAUUACUACAACUAUUACUACAGCGCAUACUCCCAGGAGCCACCCGCAGGGGGCAGCACUGAGGGUGAGGUUGUGGAGACCUGUGCACAAGAGCCUGCGGCAGGGGGCAGCGCUGUUGCUGAGGCUGGGGAGACUAGUGUGACCAGUACACAGGAGGGGGCAGGUACAAAGCUUGAGGGGGAGAAUCCAGAGACAGAUUAUACAGCGCCUACCCCAGGAGACGCUGAAACUGCAGCUGCACAGGGCGAGUGUGGCUCCAUCGCUGACAUGCUGAGGUCCACAGCGGAGCAGGCCAUGUGUCAGACUGGCUUCGUGUUCGACGAGACCACAGGGAUGUACUAUGACCACAGCACAGGCUUCUACUAUGACUCUGUGAACCAGCUGUACUACGACAACAACACUGGGAUCUAUUAUUACUACUGCUCCGAGAGUGGGAAGUACGAGUUCUACUCCAAGAUCGAGGUCCAGAGCGAGAAGCCCACAUCCGAGCGGAGCUACAGCGAGUGGAAGACCUGGAAACUGAGGCAGCUGAAGACCGAGCUGAAGGGAGCACAGGGACUUAAGACAAAGGCCAGAAAGGACUCUGACGAAGACCUUAAAACCACACUCAAGAAGCCCCAAGAAACGCGAAAACCAAGACCCAGGUCCAGGUCUAAAUCCAGGUCCAGGAGUCCAGGGUGGAGACAUGUGUCCAGAGACCGAAGGCACUCUUCAAACGAGCGAAGACGAAGGCACCGCGAUGAUUCACAGUGUGGGAGCAGAAACCGCUCCAGGUCCAAGAGGAGGAGCAGGAGAAGGAGCAGAGAAGCGAGGCGCAGGAGAAGGCAGGAGGCGCACAGUGACUGCAGUGACAUGAACAGCGGACCAGAAGAAGGAGAGCUAUCUGAGAGCGGCAGAGAGAGCACACCUUCAUCCAGAGGGGAGGGGGAGGUAGUGGGGGAAGAGGAGCCCAGGAGGAGGAGGAGGAGGAGGAGAAGAAGGUCUGAGGGCAGGGCACAGGAGGAGGAGGAGGAAGAGGAAGAGGAGGAGGAGGAGGAGGAGCUGGACCCCACACUCGGAGUGUGGCCCCCUUGUGUCCGUGUGACGGUGGUGCGCUCUCCGGUGCUGCAGGUCGGGACACUGUUCAUCCUGACGGCAGACUGCACCGCAACCAUCGGCAGAGAGAAGAACAUGGACCACGCCAUCAGGAUCUCGGAGCUGGGAGUCAGUAAGUUCCACGCUGAGGUGCACUAUGACCCUGAGCUGCAGGGUUAUGUCCUUGUGGAUCAAGGCUCUCAGAAUGGGACUGUGAUCAACGGCAACCGCAUCCUCCAGCCGAAGCAGAAGAGCCCCCCGCACCUCCUCACCCACGGAGACGAGGUGAAGAUGGGAGACACUGUCCUGUCCUUCCACAUCCACCAGGGAACAGACACAUGUGACGGCUGUGAACCGGGACAGAUCCUUGCCCACCUGAGCAAGCACCCCCGAGGAGGAGGAGGAGGUGGAGUAGGAAGUGCAGGAGGAGGAGCAGUAGUGAGCCGAGAGGACAAGGAGGCGCAGAGGGUCAAGCAGCUGAAGAGCAUCAAGGCCAAGUACGGCAUACAGAGCACUGAGGAGGUGUCAGUGAUGAGGAGUUCUCAGUACAAAGAUCGAGCCGAGAGCCGCAGACAAGCUGUGGGAAGUGACGGGUUUGUGCGAGAGGAUGAGCCAGCGUCUGUGCACACAGAGAUCAGCGAGGGGAACAAAGGGCGACAGAUGCUGGAGAAGAUGGGCUGGAAAAGGGGAGAAGGUCUGGGCAAAGAGGGCUCUGGCAUCAAAGACCCGAUCCAGCUGCAGAUCCGGAAGGCCCAGUCGGGUCUGGGGGCUGCGCCGGCUAGGAGUGGAGAGGGACUUGUUUCCACACUGCCCCCACAGGAGAGGGACUGCAGCCCCACACUGCCCCCACAGGAGAGGGACUGCAGCCCCACACUGCCCCCAGAGGUGAGGGACUGCAGCCCCACACUGCCCCCACAGGUGAGGGACUGCAGCCCCACACUGCCCCCACAGGAGAGGGACUGCAGCCCCACACUGCCCCCAGAGGUGAGGGAGUACAGAUGA